AUGGAAGGAAGAAGAAUCAUAGGAGCAAACCCUAGACCUUGCAACGGUAGAAGAAUUGUAGCGAAGAAGAGGUCUCGUCCCGAUGGAUUCAUCAAUAGCGUUAAAAAGCUUCAACGAAGAGAAAUCUCUUCUCGUAUGGAUCGUGGUUUCUCAAUUAGCACUGCUCAAGAGAGAUUCCGCAACAUGCGUCUCGUGGAGCAAUAUGAUACACACGAUCCUAAAGGUCACUGUUUAGUUGCAUUACCCUUUUUGAUGAAACGAACCAAAGUUAUUGAGAUUGUUGCUGCACGAGACAUUAUCUUUGCUCUUGCUCAUUCUGGUGUCUGUGCAUCUUUUAGCAGAGAGACGAACAAAAGGAUUUGCUUUUUAAAUGUUACUCCUGAUGAAGUUAUCCGGAGCUUGUUCUAUAACAAGAACAAUGAUUCUCUUAUUACAGUUUCUGUUUAUGCAUCUGAUAAUUUCAGCUCUUUGAGAUGCAGAUCCACUAGAAUCAACUAUAUUCUGAAGGGUCAAGCAGACGCAGGGUUUCCUCUUUUUGAGUCUGAAUCACUAAAGUGGCCAGGUUUUGUAGAGUUUGAUGAUGUUAAUGGGAAAGUGUUGACAUAUUCUGCACAGGACAGUGUUUACAAGGUGUUUGAUCUGAAAAACUAUGCGAUGCUGUAUUCGAUAUCAGAUACAAAUGUACAGGAAAUCAAGAUCAGUCCGGGGAUAAUGUUGUUGAUUUACAAAAGGGCUACAAGUCAUGUUCCCUUGAAGAUACUAUCAAUCGAAGAUGGCACGGUUCUCAAGUCCUUCAAUCAUUUGCUUCACAAAAACAAGAAAGUUGACUUCAUUGAACAGUUCAAUGAGAAGCUUCUAGUUAAGCAAGAUAACGAGAAUCUCCAAAUUCUUGACGUCCGAACCGCUGAGCUGAUAGAAGUUAGCAGAACUGAAUUCAUGACACCAUCGGCAUUCAUAUUUUUGUAUGAGAACCAGUUGUUUCUAACAUUCAGAAACCGCAAUGUUUCUGUGUGGAAUUUCCGCGGAGAGCUUGUGACGUCGUUUGAGGAUCAUCUUCUUUGGCAUCCAGAUUGUAACACAAAUAAUAUCUACAUAACAAGCGAUCAGGAUUUGAUCAUCUCAUAUUGCAAGGCAGAUACCGAAGAUCAAUGGAUAGAAGGAAAUGCGGGGUCGAUUAACAUAAGCAAUAUCUUGACUGGUAAAUGCUUAGCUAAAAUAAAAGCAAGCAAUGGCCAUCUAAAGGAAGAGGAUUGCAGCAGCGGUUUGGGGAACUCCGAGCGAAGUAAAAGUGCUGUUGCUGAAGCUUUGGAAGACAUAACCGCUCUAUUCUACGAUGAAGACCGUAACGAAGUAUACACAGGAAACAGACACGGCCUUCUCCAUGUCUGGUCUAAUUGA